GUUGAGGUAGAGAGAGAAGGGACUUUUUGAUAUCCCAUAUGGACAGGUGACAUAGGUCUCUCAACCCGUCAUCAGUAUCUAGUGCAGACUUGGGCACAGCACACAGAUAUUGAGAGGCCGGAACAUGGAGGACACGGGAAGUAGCCGGUGGUAAUGACUGUUUUCUCUCCCUAGAUGAGUUUCACAUCACAGGCCUACAUCUCAACCCAGACCCUAGUAAGGGCAUCCAGCACCAUUAAGUUCUUCUUCUCUGAGGCGUUCAUGGGUCAGCACUUCCAGGAGGUGGACUUAGACAAAGGCGAGCCUCAGCCUGGAGACCUCUUCCUGUUCAAGUUGCGGUCUCCUAGGGCACAGUGGUGCGGGGCCCACGUGGGUGUUUACUGUGGCCACGGAGAGAUCAUACACUUUGAGGGCAGGACCUCUGGCAGUGGUGGAUUACAAACCCUUCUGGGUUACUGCGAAGGUGUGGUGUGCAAACAGGGUCACCGCGCGCUGCAGCGCUCCCGAGAGCUCUGGUGUGUGCUUCGCAGACGCGGUGGCAUUGACCCUAAGGUGCUGGAGCGCCGUGUGCAAGAAGCUAUGAACAGCGAUCCUCCUCUCUAUAAUCCUACUAGCAGCAACUGCGUGCAUUUUGCACUGAAGCUGUUGGGCAUGGACUCAGUGUUUGCAGUGGCUUUAACUGCGGAGGCACGGGUGUCAGGGGGUACUGAGAGAUUGGGCGGGGCGGGCACUGUUCCAUCUGCCCUGGUCCGCUCACUGCAACCCCUGCACUCCGCGGGUGGUGCCGGUGCCUUUAAGAAUCUCAGCUUGCGGCCCUGA